AUGGCGCUCGUGCUGGAGCAUGCGCACGGCACCCUCUCCCAGGACAAUACUCUUGGUGGCGCGCCGCCGGCUUGCCGAGCGGCCGACGAGGCAUUCGUGGAGGUCCUGGCAGUGGUGAGGGAAAAUUCUGCUGAUGACACCUUGCAGCGCCGACUCAAGAAGGCACAUGAGAAAUGCAACAGGAAGAAGGCGCUCCCUGCGAGCCAGGAGCCCCUGCACCUCCCCGUCCGCGAGACCGAGGCGGCGUCGGCUGGAGUCCCCGUGGUGGCGUGGCCGGUGUUCGCGGAGCAGUUCUACAACGAGGCGCUGGUGGUGGGAGUCGCCAGCACGGGCGUCAGCGCCGGCGCGGAGAGGGGGUACGUGUGGGGAGGCGAGGAGCUGGGCGGGGUGGUGGUGGGCAGGGAGAAGGUGGUGGGCAGGGAGAAGGUGGCGGCAAUGGCGGACGAGGGGCUGAGGCGGAGGGCAGGGGAGAUGGGGGAGCUCGCGCGGCGGGCGGUGGAGGUGGGAGGGUCGUCGUACAAGGCCGCUGGGGCGUUGCUGGAUGAUGUGCUACGCCGGCGAUCGACGACACGGGGGCUGACGAGGGGAGGCGGCGUGUCCUGA